AGGAGCGUCAUCAGAGGCGGAAGCGGAGUGCGUGCAGUGCGGGGCCGCUGCUGCUGCUGCAGGAGCUGCUGGGCUUCAGUCUGAGACCGAGAGCAUGGCUGCACCUCACUCACCCUCCAGCCUCUCCAGAUACCUGGAUGGAGAGUUCUGGAAGAUCAGAGACAAUCUGCGGGAGGGGAUCUCUAACUGCGAGCUGUUCCAGCGCAGCAGCUACGACCUCUCCCUGGAUCAGAUCAGAGACCUGACGGCUGACAGGCUGCACUAUGCCAUGAAAUUACCCCUAAUGCAACGUCACCUCACUGAUCAGGUGCUUGGAAGAAAGAAACAUUUCCUAAAUAGGAGUGUAGAUAUCUCAGAAAUGAUCUGUUCUGCAGACAUGGCCACUGGAGUAAAGAUGGGGGUUGUGUGUGGACUGUACGGUGGAGCUGUCACUAACCUGGGCAGUCCAGAGCAAGUGAAGCAGUUUUAUGCCCCUGUGUUGAACCUGGCCUUCACUGGAAUGUUUGCCUUGACAGAGAGGGGACACGGAAGCAACGCAAGGGGCAUUCUCACAGAGGCUCACUAUGAACCCGCUACUCAGGAGUUUAUUAUCCACACACCUUGUGAAGAUGCUCAAAAGAUGUACAUUGGAAAUGCAAUGAAGGGACACUAUGCUGCUGUAUUUGCUCAGCUCAUAAUCAAAGGAGAACCUCACGGUCCACACUGCUUUAUUGUGCCAAUCCGUGACCAGCAUGGGGUCAUGUGGCCUGGAGUGACUGCGUUUGAUAUGAGACAUAAAGAAGGUCUGCAUGGAGUGGACAACGGAAUCUUAAUAUUUGAUCACGUCAGGAUACCAAGAGAAAACCUACUGGACAAGUUUGGUUCAGUCUCUGCUGAUGGAAAGUAUUCUUCACGUAUCCGGAGUAAAGGCACUCGUUUCAAUGCCAUGAUUGCUGCUCUCACCCCAACUCGCCUGGCCCUCACUGUGCAGGCUAUGGCUGCUAUGAAGCUUGGACUCAUCAUAGCAGUGCGCUACAGUCACAGCCGCAGACAGUUUGGACCAAAAGACCAGGAUGAGGUUAAGAUAAUUGAGCAUCAGACGCAGUAUCUGAGACUGAUGCCUCACCUGGCCACUUCCCUCGCCCUCACCUUCACUGUCAGAUAUGCUGCUCGUUUGAUGGAUGAUGCUCUGAGUCAGGGACAGGAUCUUCAGAGCAAUCGGCCCCUCCAGGCUUUAGUGGCCGGCCUUAAAGCCUACAGUACCUGGGCCAAUGUGGUGUGCCUGCAGGAGUGUCGCGAGUGUACCGGGGGCAUGGGAUUCAUGAUGGAAAACAGGAUCCCUUCACUGAAAUGUGACUCUGACGUCUUUGUGACUUUUGAGGGAGACAAUAUGGUCAUGCUUCAGGUGGUGGUUCGUGAGCUGAUGACUCAGUACACCAAGCAGUUUGAGGACAGUAUUGUGACUGGAAUGAUCAGAAACUGGAGCAGCUCAGCCUCAGACAGGAUCCGGACCAGUUUCCUUGGUUUCUCUGUGGAUAAGGUGGGAGAUUUGAGCUUCUUGCUGAAAGCUUUGAGCUACAGGGAGAGGGUGUUGCAGCGCAGCCUAGCUGCACGACUUUACGCUAAGGUAGAAAAGAACAAAGAAGAGUUUUUCAGUGCCUGGAAUUCCUGCCUGCAUCACGUGACCAGCCUGGCUCUUGCACACAUACACAGAGUGACCUUGGAGCAGUUUGCACUCGCUGUCCAAGAAUGCCAGGUGAAAGACGACCAAGAUUUGCUAAGCAAGUUCUGCCUCCUGCAUGGAACUAGUCUGGUUUAUCAGGAGAGAGCGUGGUACCUGGAGCACAAUUACCUGAGCCCUGGAGCCAGCAGGCAAAUUCGCAACCAGCUGCUGGAGCUGUGCAGGUCUGUUAAAGACGACGCGCUGAAGGUGGUGGCGGAUUUUAACUUCCCGUCCUGCUGCAUCCAGGCACCCAUUGCCGGGGUGGUUAACCCCAGAGCAGAAUGGGGUUUCUACCCACUAUCAGAAAGCCCCGUGAGCCAAAGCCACGCCCAGCAGAGGGCCAUGUCCAAGCUCUGAGGAGAACCAGCAUCUGUCAGCAGAAUGUCAGCGUCUGGAUCCGGCCUUUUUGUAAAGGGAUUGGUAAACCAGCACUUAUCAAUUAAAGCCCUCUCCACACAGCCUGUUUUAAUUUACUGUUUUUAAUUUACUGUACUUGAUUUUAGACUUGCUUUAACAACAAUACUUCCUACAGCAUGGUUAAUAUUGACCAUGCCAGCAAUGAAGACAAAAUGAAUUGCUGCAAAUCAUCUAAAAUUCUCUAAAGCUGCUGAAUGGGAAUGUAGUGAAUGUACUUCAAUGAUGUUUUUAGAUUGUUUUAGUGCCUGUACCAUUUUUCCUAAAGGUCUGACCACAAUAUAGUCAAAAAGAGGACUAUAGCUGAAAAUGGGCCGGGCUAAUUUAUAAUAUUUUUCAGUUAAUUAAUGAGCACUGUCCUUGUUAAAUAAACAAAUAAAUGAAAAAAAUAAAUAAAUAAAAAGGCAAUAACUGCAUUUUAGAUGUAUCACAGUUGUAUAUGAAUAGGAAGAACAGCUACAGAUAUAUUGGUGAAUGAUGAUUAUUAAAUAAAUGAUUUUAAUGAAACGAAGCACUUAUAAUACAUGUAUAAUUGCUUUUUUAUUUUUAAACUUUUGUUUCAGUUGAAACAUUUUAAGGGACUUUUAAGAUGUUUUUAAGAUCAUUUAAAAUGACAAAGUAUUUUUCGUAGAAUAAACAGAAUUAUCACUUAUGCUUUUCUCCACCUUUGGAGAGAACAGCUGAUGUUUCAGCAGAUUCAGAACCAUCUGACCUACUUGAACUUUACCGCUAAUUAUUACAAAGUGAUGCUUAUUAAGACCCUUUCACACUGAUUUACACCAGUUUCAGAGACAAUCUUAUGCUUACAUUCUCAGAUUUUUAAAUGUGAAUCUUUUUAUUUUACAUUUAAAUAUCUGUUAUCAAACUCCUAAGUUUUAAGAAGACCAAGUGUGAUUAUUGUUCUGAUUAAUCAGAAAUAUAUUUUUAUCGAUUGUCACCACAAAUAUUUAAAUAUGAAAGAACGCAAUGUAUAAUAAUGCUGCCUUUCACACUCCAAAGUCCAAAGCUGAUGGACUGCAAUGUUGUGUAAAGGUUUUAAGCAGAGCCAAUUCUGAGAUUUUCUUUGGUGUUGAAUGAAUUAAAACAGACUGACCAGUCAGAGCUGUGCGCCGUUUAGCAGCAGACCUCUGUAAUCUUGGUUGUGGACCAAUCCAAUAAGCCUUAAGGCAUCAGCAGAAAAGAAAUGCUAAAAAAAUGAAGCUUAUAAUAUCUAUAUAUAUUCCUGAGCAGUGCAUGAAGGCGGGGGAAUCUUCACCUCCUGGUGUGUCCUAGUCUGUUUAUGUUCCACAAAGAACCACGAGCUAUAGCUUCCCGUGCUGAUGAACAACUCAUAUGGAGAAAAUAAAAGAGAGUAGAAAAUACAGUGAGCAGAGAAACUGCAAGAAUGACCACUUAUUAGAGCUGUGGAGUGUCUAGCUUUAUUUACAGAGCAUACAAGGUAAAAACAGUUCAUAAUCUGUGUGAAGGGGCCUGGUAACUCAUUUUGACACAAAAACAUCUUUUCAGCAUUUUAGUGUAUUUACUGAUAGUUCUUACUCUUCACAUCCAGAUGAUGCUUCUUUUUACUUUAUAUUUACUCUUGGUAGACAAACAACUGAUCUUUAAACUCUCUGUUCAGCUGAUGAGGCUUUUGUUCGAGGAUAUUUCUCCAUCAGUCUCCCCAGGAAUACAUUGAUGAAUCAUUGUUUCUACUUUACUGUGUGUACUUUGUAUAGUGUGGCAGCAGGUAGACUAUCAGGUGUUCAUGCCACUAAUCUAUUAAUCAUUUCUGCAUUUCUGCAAGUGAGUUCAGUGAGCUGAGUACAGUACAUUUUAAGAAUAACAGGUCUAUUAAUGUUCUCUUUGUUUUUUUUAACACUUACCAUGCAGUUUGUGUUAUUUAUAUGCUGUAAUUUACAUGAUAACUAUUACAUUUUUUUGUUACUUGUUUGCAACUAAAAUGCCUCUUAAACAUUGACAUACUGUGCUGUUUUAGGGCACCACUAUCUGCACUUAUAAUUCAUUUAUUUGGUGUAAUUUGCAAAUAAAAUAAUUAUGUUGGGUAGAACUAGGGCAGGUAUAAUGCUUAACGUAGUUUUGUUAAUGCAAAUACAAAUGCACAUGUUAAUAAACAAACUGAUUUCUGUUACUGUGUUGUAAUUACAAAAAUGUAACAUUUUCAUAAUCCACAUCAGAGAGACUGCUAAUGUUGUUAUAUACUGCCAGAGCUUUAUAUAUUCUUAGCAUGAAGAAGUUUUAAUGACUUAAUUGCCCAGAUGACAAUAAAAUUAAAAAAACUUAUUGUUCAAAA